AGGCUGGGCCAUGGACGCGGCGGCCGAGAGGGAGCAGAUCGCCAGGGAGAUCCGGGAGCUGGAGAGGAUCCUGGACCCCGGCGCCACCGGCCUCAGCGUGGACGUCUCCGAUUCGAGCCUCGGGUCGGAUUCUGACGCCGAUGCGCCCCCCAGCGAGGACUCAGACGCGGCAGAGCCCCGGAGCUCAGAGGAGGAGAGAUGGGGGGGAGCCCAGAAGACCCUCGCUGAGGACCCCGAGACGUGUCUGCAGCUGAACCUGGUGUACCAGGAGGUGGUGCGCGAGAAGCUGGCCGAGCUGAGCCUGCUGCUGGCCCAGAACCGGGAGCAGCAGGAAGAGAUCACGUGGGGCCUGGCUGGCUCCAAGGGCCCCCGAGUGAAGGACGGCCGCGGCCUGCCCCCGAACAUGUACAUCGGCCACUUUCUGAAGCCUUACUUCAAGGACAGGGUCACGGGCAUGGGGCCACCCGCCAAUGAGGACACGAGGGACAAGUCUGCCCAGGGCAUCAAGGCGUUCGAGCAGCUCCUGGUGACCAAGUGGAAGGGCUGGGAGAAGGCCUUGCUCCGGAAGGCUGUGGUGAGUGACCGUCUGCAGCGCCUGCUCCAGCCCAAGUUACUGAAACUCGAGUACCUGCAGCAGAAGCAGAGCAAGGCUGGCAGCGAGGCUGAGAAGCUGGCCCUGGAGAAGCAGGCUCGGGGGGCGGAGAAGGAGGUGCAGGAGAUCAACCAGCUGCCCGAGGAGGUCCUGCUGGGGCACAGGCUGGACAGCCACGACUGGGAGAAGAUCUCCAAUAUCAGUUUUGAAGGGGGCCGCAGCGCUGAGGAGAUCCGGAAGUUCUGGCAGAACUGUGAGCACCCCAGUAUCAACAAACAGGACUGGAGCAGGCCAGAAGUCGACCAGCUGAUGGCCAUCGCCGCCCGACACGGGUACCUGGAGUGGCAAAAGGUUGCUGAGGAGCUGGGGACCCACCGCAGUGCCUUCCAGUGCCUGCAGAAGUACCAGCAGCACAACAAGGCGCUGAAGCGCAGGGAAUGGACAGAAGAGGAGGACCGCAUGCUCACGCAGCUGGUGCAGGAGAUGCGUGUGGGCAGCCACGUGCCUUACCGCCGCAUCGUCUACUACAUGGAAGGCCGAGACUCGAUGCAGCUCAUCUACCGCUGGACCAAGAGCCUGGACCCACGCCUGAGGAAGGGCUACUGGGCCCCCGAGGAGGACGCUAAGCUGCUCCAGGCCGUCGCCAAAUACGGGGAGCAGGAUUGGUUCAAGAUCCGGGAGGAGGUGCCAGGCCGGAGCGAUGCCCAGUGCCGAGACCGGUACCUCCGAAGGCUGCAUUUCAGCUUGAAAAAGGGCCGGUGGGACUGCAGGGAAGAGGGGAAGCUCCUGGAGCUCAUCGGGAAAUACGGCGUAGGCAACUGGGCAAAAAUCGCGUCUGAGCUGCCCCAGCGCACGGGCUCGCAGUGCCUUAGCAAGUGGAAGAUCAUGGCCCGGAAGCAGAGCCAGGUGCGGCGGCGGCGGCGGCGGCCCCGGUGCAGAGUGCGCUGGAGCUCCAGCUCCGACAGCAGCAUGGACAGCAGCAUGGACAGCAGCGUGGACAGUAGCCACAGGAGCUGUGAGGACUCGGAGCCAGAGGAGGCCCCACAAGCCAGGACAGGAGGCCCGGCCCAGCACCCUGUCCCAGACCUGGCCCUGUGGGUGCCCGCCCGGAGGGGCCUCGCUGAGCGGGGGAGUGGACGGUUGGCCAGUGCCUCCAGCCCAGCCCCUGGUGGCAGCCGCGGAACUGUGCCCACGGCCCCCGGGGCAUCCCCUGGCCCCACAGACUUGAGCCCCGAGAGCCGAGAGGAGCUGGCGGACAAGAAGGACCAGUGCCAGCAGAAGGUGCCGCGGGAGACGGUGCUGCGCGUGCUGGAGAGUAACACGGCAGCCCGGCGCCGGAUGCUGAAGCAGAAGCUGAGCAGCUCUGCCCGCCCGUGUGUGCCGCAGCCGUGGCCCAGGGCUCUCCAGGGGGGGCGCACCCUGCACCAGAGACUCUUGCACCGCCAGCUGCUGAUGGCCGUGAGCCCAUGGGUGGGCGACGUCACGCUGCCCCUGGCACCUCACAGACAGGCCCUGCGCACCGAAGCUGACAGCGUCCGGGUGCAGCUGCAGGAUGCCCGCCUGCCCAGCACGCCGGUCUUCACACUCCUCAUCCAGCUCUUCCAGAUCGACGCUGCCGGCUGCUUGGAGGUGGUGCGGGAGAGGAAGGCGCCAGCGCCCACACAGGUGCCCCCAAGUACCCAGGACAGCCCAGGUGGCUGCUCCCCACAAGUGCCCGCCCGAGAGGCCUCAAGGAGCAAGCCCAGAAGGGCCGGGGCACCCCAGGCUGCAGCCCCCGCUCCGGCUGUGCCCUGCGGGCCACGGCCCAAGCUCAAGACUGUGAGCGAGCUGCUGCGGGAGAAGCGCCUACGGGAGGCACGUGCCUGCAGGGCUGCCCAGGGCCCCACACUGGCCGCGCCCCUGCUGCUCACCCUGGCCGCCCCCAGCACAGUAGGCCCCAGGCAAACAGAGUCGCCCUCCCUGCCACAGACCUCAGGGCUCCCAGCCUGGGCCCCCAGCCAACUCCCGCCGGGGUCCCCCAGCCAGUCCCAGGUCCCCACUGCGUGCCGGAAGCAGGGACUACCCGGACCACCGCCCUUCCUCCCGGCCACCCCCAGCCCUGCACAGCCGCCUAGCCAGGUUCUGGGCAUGCCCAAGGCCAGGCCCCACAGGGCCACCAGCGUCCCCUUGCCCGUCACCUGGGUCUUCGCUACUCAGGGGCUGCUGCCUGUGCCCACCGUGCUGGGCCUGCCCAGGCUGGCAGCGACCUCUGACCCCAAAGGACUACUGCUCGCUCAGCUGUCGCCCUCGCCCAAUGCCCCUGCCCCAAGCCAACCGCAACCACCUCUAGGCAGCACAGAGCCAGGGCCAGAGCUGCCCAGGACUGAUGCUCCCCAGAGCCCUGAGGAAGGGGGACAGGACCGGACACGUGCCAGAGAGGCCCCUGCAGACCCGGGACCCUCUCCCACAGCCAGCCACCCCACUGCCGAGCAUCUGGGCUGUGGGCUGCCACCGGCAGGCGGAACUCCAGCCACCACCCAGGGACCUCAGGGCUUGGAGAAGCCCCCCCAGCCUGGACCGGAGAAGGGGGCUCUAGAACUGAGCCUGCUGUCUCUGGAGACUGAGGCUGCGGUGCGGGAGUGGCUGGCCGGGCGGCGGGGGGUAUGCGCGUCCCCCUUGGGUCGCCUGCUGCCCUACCAGCCCCCGGCCCUGUGUGGCCUGCGGGUGCUGACUGGCCUUCUCCUGCACAAGGCAGCGCUGGAACACCAGGCCGCCUCCCUGCUACCCAGCAGGGCACUGCCCACUGUGCUGGCAGAGGUGCGGGCACGGCUGCAGUGCAACCCUGCCUACCAGCUGCUCAGGGCCCGCUUCCUGGCCGCCUUCACCCUUCCAGCGCUGCUGGCCACACUGCCCCCUCGCGGCGUCCCCACCACACUGUCGAGGGCUGACCCUGAGACCGAGGAGGAGGAGGAGUACAAUGAGCAUGGGGAGAUGGAGUCCCUGGCCAGCCUCAGAACGACCACAGCUGGAGAGAGCGCACUGGACGCUGCCCCUGGCGCCAUGGAGGCCUGUGACGAUGGGGAUGAGCGGCGGAGCAGGCAAGCCCGUAAGCGCAGGAGGCUGGUGUGAGCACUGGGAGCCCGGCCCUACCCCUCAGCUCACCGGAGCCUGUGCACGGGACUGCACCUGGGACUGCACCUGCAGCGUGGCAGCUCAGCAUUCGGGACUGCCGGCACAGGGCACCACUGCUGGCU